AUGGAAAGUCAAAACAAAAGUAAUUAUCUUUAUUUGUAACUGAGACUAAUUUAUGUGGUUUAAUUAGGUACAAACAAGUUGAGUCUAAGUCCUAAUAAAAGGGUAAACUAAUCCAUGACAAAUGAUAUCGGGAUGCCAAACAAUAAUCAAGGCUCUUUUUUUAUAUCUUAAACUGCUUUGGUAACACCUAUGAGAUAAACGGCAAUAAACAUUAGAUAAAGUUUUGAUGAGUAAACUCUGAGAUAAAACUUAAAUCCAGGUUAUCAUAAGCGACUUUAAUCUUUGAAUACCUCAAUGAUCAUUCAAAAUAAUAUGGCAUUAGAUAAAAUUGAUGGAUCAAAUACUAAAAAUAACCAGUCUCUCAUUAUGAUGAAAUCGGUGACUGGUCUAAACACAUCAUAAUCUAAAAGUCCAGAUUUUCAACAAGAAAUGAUUAGAGAUAUGCAAAGAGAAAAAGAAAGACUUCAUAGAUUUCUCAGAAAUAGAGAAAAAUCAAAGAAGUAAAAUGAGGAAUAUGAAAAGAAGAUUAACGAUAUCAUGCUUAAAAAAGAAUUUAAAUUGAAGAAGAUUCAGGAAAGACUCAAGCGUGAAAUGAAAGAGCAAAAAUAAAAGCUUUAGGAAAUGGAUUAUAAGAGAGAAAUUAAGAAAAAAAUGAUUGAGGAAUAAAUGGAAAUUUUAUAUGAAAAUUCUGACUAGCAAUAUUACACCCAUCUUGAGGAAAUAAGGAAAAAAGAGGAAGAGAAAUAAAAGAGGGAAAGAGACUAAUGCGAAUUAGAAUAUAGGAGGUAUAAUGAACAUUUCUUAAAAUCUCUAAAUAAUUAUGAAACAUACAUGAAGGAAAAACACAAAACUGAGAAGGAAACUUCGAAAAAUCUUGAAAAUCUAGAGAAAAAAUUAAAUGAUGGAUAUACCAGAUCUGUAUAGAGAAAAGACUAAAUUAGACUUUCUGCAUAGGAGUCCCUGUUGAAAAUUGAAGAGGUAUAUGAGCAUCAGAAGCAGCAUAAAAUGGAGGAGGAGAAUGAGAGAUAUAUGCAAUAUCUUGAAAGGAGGUAGAAAUAUCUUCAAAAAAUUAAACUAUGGGAAAAGUAAAGAGAAAAGUCUGUUGAGAGCUUGCGAUAUAAGCAUGAGAGUAAAUAUGGCUAGGCCAGAAAUAAUUUAUCUGAGGUUCAAUAUAAUAGAGAUCAGCUCUACUAGAACAUCCAAGAUAAACAAGAGCAACUUGAGCAUAAAAUAUAGGAAGCUAAACACAAAAGAGAAAAAGAGAUACAAAUCAAAUCUGAGAAGGAAUUCCUAAAGGCACAGGAUUAGAGAAAGAAUCUUGAAAAAUAGAGAUAGAUGAUGGAGAAGGCAAAGUAAAAGAUAAUAGAAAAGCAUCUUAAGAUGAACGAAAAUCUGUCUAAAGUUAAGGAGACUAAGGCUCAUAUGAUUGAAUACAAUCGUAUUGCUAAUGAGUUAAGACUCUAAAAAGUAUCUCUAAGCACUCGAUGA